AAGAAAGAACAAAAUGGACCCCGGGCUAAAUUAAAUUAUUUUAUUUUUUAUAAACCAGAUAAUAAUAAACAACCAUACAGGCUUUCCAGCUUCCCCUCCGCCUUUCCGCUCUUCCCAUAUCCUCGAGAUUCAUAUUAGCCAAAGGUCGUGAUGAUAUGUAACUUUCACGUCAGCACGAGCGUUAUAUACGUUUGAACGUCGGGUCAAUGUGAAUCGCGAGAGCGGGUUUCACUUUCGCCCGUGUACGCUCGCAUAUAAGGGACCAUUACGAAGCCGCUCGGCCGAGAAAUGCCGGCUGCCCUCUGCCAUUGUCGAAAGACCGUACGUGUCUGGCCUUUUUCUUCCAGUCGCGAGAAAAUUUUGAUUGCGCGCUGUAAUUUUGCUUUCGAUCUGUGGCGCUAAUUUUGUGGCUAUUAUAGAACAAAUUUUAAUGCGAGAAUACGAAGAAAGACGUGGUUGUAAAAACGCACAAAUCAAGUGAUUGCCCGCACUUGAAGAAUAAAAGCGCAUCUCACGACCGCAUUGACUUAUCGUUGCACAACACGUACGCGCAGCAAAGUACCUCCUCGUUUGAGAGCGGUUAGAAUCUCGGCGGCAGAGUAGCUGGCGCAGAACGACUUCCUAAAUUCCGCGGCGCCGCGCGCGAACUCGUGUUUCCUCUCCGAGAUGCCUCGAUGCCGGAAACCGUGCAACAACGAGAAAAUGACGAACGUCUCUGUAAUUCUCCGGUACGAUAAAAGGAGCACGUUGAGAUUUUCUUUGUCAUUUUCUGCAAUAAGGGGAGUCUCGGCUGCUGGACAGAAAUGUAUCUGGCCCGUUCGCUGAGAUCCGUCAUCACAAAUCUCCUCCGUUGCGAGAAAGUGUUUGCGAGUGAGUAACGAGGGAAAUUCGUUCGCGCAAUUAAAGUGAUACACCGAGGCGACUUAUGGAGAUUCUUACUCGUCACCUCCUUCAAAAGUGUCAUAGCACUGACGCAAAUAUCUCUCAUCUCCGCGGCGGAGACGAAAAAUUUCUCCAAUCUCGCAGAGCCGGAAAUCCAGGCUGCGCAGCGAUCGCACGUACGCUCGCGCGACAAAAUCAGCGCCAUCAGUCCCUACUAGCAGACGAGAAUCGCUCGAGCCUAGCAGACGAAAUUCCCAGCAGACUACACGGCUUUUCCUCGCUUCGGAGCUCGGCAGCGUGCUCGCUAAUGACAAUUACGUGCACGCUCUCCAUGUAAUUGCGGCCCCGCGUAAACCCUAUAGCCAUACGGGCACUUUCCAUUUCGCUCGCCUGGAUCAUCCGCUUCCGGAUUCGCGCGAGAGAGAGAGAGAGAGAGACAGGCAGGCUAUAGCUGUGUGGAAAAAGGAGUCGAAUCGUGACUGCGCGCUGACUGUUUUCCUUUAUGCAAUCGGCCCAAUUAAACGCGUGUACGCAUUUUGAGAUGGUUAUCGCGGAGGACUAUAGCUCGCCGCUGCCGCUGGAGAGAAAAUUUCUGGAUUUUCUACGGGGCCAUUGCCGGUCGAGAUCGCGAAGAAAUUCGCCGAGGGUGAAAGGAUGAAUUCCUCGGAGAGGAAGCGGGUUUUUGCAGCUCCGAAAAAUAACUUUGACAAACUCUGAGUAAAUUUCUCGAGGUACAAUUUUCAUCACAGCGGUAGCUUCUUCUGAUACGCACGAUCGCCCGAGAGGAGAGAUUAAAUUUCAAUCAAAAUCUAAUUACGAAUGAAGCGCCGUGAUACACAUAACUAACGCAUCAUUUCGCAAGCUCAAUAUACUGAUACACUUAAGGUGGCCGCGAGGUCGCGUGAUCUAUACCUAAUUUGAAAAGGCAGAAUUCGUGCGCUCGUUGUGUUUACCAAGCCGUGUUUGCUCUUCUAGAAAGGACGAAAAUGGGCCGGGCAUUGUGAGCGCGUGAGUCGCACCGCCGAAUCGGGGCGCAAUUUCAUUAGGAAAGAGUAACGUUUCACUAUUUAGCAAUCGAAUUUCUCCGUGCGCCCGAACUAGAAGUUUGGGCAAGCGACUCGAUGUGUAUACUCACACGAAAUAAAACGAUCGGAGGAAGAUAUUCCUGCGAGCAACGAAAUUCGAGUUGCAUGUGGCCCGCCGACCAGAACCGAGAGCACUUUCUUGCUCUCCGAUCAUACACACAGCCGCAGAGACACGUAAGACCGCGCGACACUCGUAUAUGCUCGCGCGCACACGCACACACACACGUACGUGCAUGGAGAGCCGCUGGAGAAGUGAGUGCAAAAGCGCGCGCGCGCGCGCGGAAGCGGGAGAUUCGCGGCAGUGGUAGGAAAACUGGGCCCUGCGAGCGGACGGCGGGACUCACGAGGGGCCAGUUCGCCUCGGUACACUCGCACGCGACGAGCUCCGGCCUUUCGCGCCUCGCCUCCUCGGCUCCUCGGGCCUUUUGUUUACUUCCGCGACGCGUGCGCCCGUUUUCUUCGAAAAUGACUGUGCAGUGCUGAGUUGCUCGUAUUUUAUUCGAUAUCGAAAUUGCGCAACAGGAAGUAUCAUGCCUGAAUCACGUUCGCCGCGUCGUUGUAUGUAAAAUCCAGCCGCACGCGGGCGCUCAAUAGACUCGAGAAAAUUUCACGCAAUCCCCGCCUCGUUUAUGCAAUACGAAAAGCAUUGAACCGACAGCAACGAGCAGCCGAGAGGAUGAAGGAUUCCGGGUAAGAGCCGAGUGCGAACGAGUGCAGGCAGUUGUGGGCCAGAUCCAGCGUCCAAGAUGCUUCAAAAGAAGUCGCCAGAGGAUGCGUCGCUGGUCGUUGAUGAUGAUGGUGGCGAUGAUGAUGUUCCUACUGCUGGCUACGUUCGCGCGGCGAAGCAGUGCGACUUCCGCCGAGGACUCGCGAGUUCGAGGCCUCAUACGCGACUGGGCUCCACUGGUCUGGCUUGCACCAGGCGAACGCUUUCUUCCGCUCGGGGUACCUGACUUUUUGGAGAACAUGCAGGCCGACGACAAUUACCUCCGCACACGCCUCAGCCUACAGUCGCUGCUUCAGAACCGAUCGUCCUUCUUGCACGGGAGGAAGCCAGCUGGCAGCGUUCCGAUUUACGCUCUGGUCAAGAACUGCCUGCCCAAGGCGAGUCCGAUACCGUUGCCGCUGGACGAGGCGAGGCCUGGACUAGCCGGGAAUCUGCUCGUCGACGACUUUGCCGUCAACCCGAUCGAAACCAACAACGUCCCGGGCAACCUGGACGCCUCGGACUUCUCCCUGGAGAUGCUCCAGUCGGGCAAACUGGAGGCCAAGCGGUUCUCCCGGAGUCGCCCGGUGCCCGACGUCCUCGUGCCGAAGCCUCGAUCCGCGAAGCUCUACAAGCUGAAGCCGCUGCUCCGAGCGAAGAAGCACCAGCAUCAGCCGCCUCUGCACUUCCACGUGACCUACUGGAUGUUCUACCCGUUCAGCGAGGGCAAAGCCGUUUGCGUGCUGGAUCUGGGCUUUCUCGGCAGCUGGCCCAUUCCAAAUUUCGGCGGAGUCUGCCUCGGAAAGCUGAAGGAGUACGGCAGUCACGUCGGCGACUGGGAACACGUCAGCUUGUACUUCAAGGGCAAGGACUACCCCCUGGCGAUGUACGUCUCGGCCCACGACGCCGGGGCGUUCUACCGGUACGAGCCGCGCAGCGGCACGUUCCUCUACGAGUCUCAGGAGACGCGCAAGGGCAUCUUCCAGAAGCCGAUCUUCCCCGAGCGGGUAUUCACGUCCGACGGCUCGCACCCUGUCCUCUUCAGCGCCCGAGGUUCCCACGGACUCUGGACGGCGCCCGGCAAGCACAACUUCGUACGCCUGCCGAGGCUUUACGACGAGAGUGGCUUCGGCACCCCUUGGCCCACUUGGAGGAAGGUCGAGCUGCUGUCGGCCCAGGAGAAGAACGUCAUGCCCGGCUGGAUGACGUUCACCGGCAAGUGGGGCAAUCCCAAGAGCAACUGCCAUCCUCUGGCCAAGCUGGGCUUCAACAUCUGCGAGUUCGUCGACGGGCCUACGGGCAUCCCCAUGAAGAAGAUGAACUUUCGCUGUUGAAUGCGCAGCUUGUGAUACUUACUCUCGGCGAAGAAUCGACAGCGCGUCGCGAUUGUUUCUUUUCGAUACGGAUUAGGCUUUUAGCAAGAUCUAUGUGGGACGAGCCGCGAGUCGAGUAACCAGUGGUGACAUACUCCAAGCGCAUUUGGCUAAUAUCAAUAGUAUAUAGGCGACAUCGAAAUUACUUAAUGCUCCUAUACCGGUAAAUCAUGUCGAUGCAUGUCGCGAAGUUGGCGGUGCAUCCGACUGUAUAUGCUCCGAGAUACGAGACUUACCACACGAAGAGGAUAUUAGCUUUCCGAGGAGAGUCGAGCUGUUUCUUAAACCUUUGCCAUGUUGCAUUUAUCUCGAUACAUUUGCGCUUAUUUUAGUGAUUCCUGAAUUUUAGACGGACACGUACUUGCCCGAGGUAGACAAAGUUCAACAAAUUCUUCUGCGUGUGCUUUCUUAGAGUUUAAUGACGGCCUGUUUUCGCUCUGUAUACGUUGUAGUAGUGUAUGAAAAUAGUGUAUACGGCAUCAUUGGAAAAUCAAUACUUCACCCUUGAAAUUGCCAAUAUAAUUGGUCACGAUGUAUAAACAUUUAGGUUAACUUUCUUUAACUUAUUCGAAAUCAAAAUGUAAGUAGUAAUUUAGAGAUAGGUCUGUUGAUGAUUAUCUACAUUUCUAAGACUUAGAUGAUACGUUGAUGUAGGUACAAAAAGAAAAGACUGAAGAAAAAAACUUAAAAAAUGAUGUUGAAAUGACUGUACAAUUCUAUGAAAUAAAGAAUCGAAGGUUGAGAAAAAGA